AUGGAAUCAGUGGAAAUUGAUCGAGGAAAUACACCGCCUGGAGGAGGAAAGGGGGAAAAACUGAAGCAAAUCAUACUAGUAUUAAUUGGUCUACCGGGAAGUGGAAAAUCCACCUUUUGCGAGGAAGUGGCGAAAAUUUCUUGUCGCCCCUGGACCCGCGUUUGCCAGGAUGUAAUCAAUAAUGGCAAGAGUGGGACAAAAAUCAUGUGUUUAUCUGUUGCAGCUGCUGCUUUGGAAGAUGGUAAGAGUGUAUUGAUAGACAGGUGUAACAUUGACAAAGAGCAGAGGGCAGACUUUCAACUCGGUGGCUCAGAAACAGAGAAACAUGCCGUGGUGCUUGAUCUUCCAAACUCACUCUGUAUCUCUCGUUCUGUGAAGCGUAGUGGGCACGAGGAGUUACAAGGUGGUCGAGCAGCUAAAGUGGUGAAUCACAUGGCGCCAAAGAAAGAGCUCCCUAAACUGAGUGAAGGGUUUAACAGAAUUAUGUUUUGCUACAAUGAGAAAGAUGUGAAAGAAGCUAUCAAAUUGUAUGGUUCUCUCAGCCUGUGUGAUUCUCUUCCUUCUGGUUGUUUUGGUCAGAAGAGUUUGGAUUCCAAGGUUCAAGUUGGGAUCAGGAGCUUUUUCAAGAAACAAGAUACCUCCGGAAAUGCUAACAUUCCAACUUUGGCGUUUCCAUCCAUUUCUACUGCAGGCUUUCAAUUUGAUCUUGAAAAAGCAUCUGAUAUUAUUGUUGAGAAAGUUGAGGAAUAUAUGGUAGAUUUAUCUCAUGGAUCGAAAAUAUUGUCCCUCGUUAAGACCAAGGCUGCGAAGAAGAAUAUUGACUCUAACAAGUUUUCUACAUUUGUUGGAGAUAUAACUCAACUCCGGUCUUGUGGAAGUUUAAUCUGCAACGUAAUUGCUAACCCUACAAACCGGGAAAUAAAACCAGGAGGUGGAGGAGUAAAUGCUGCUGUUUUUAAAGCCGCAGGCUUCGAGUUAGAAGUUGCAACCAAGGAAAGAGCUGAAAAACUUGCAGCAGGGGAGUGUGUGGUCGUGCCACUUCCUUCAUCUUCUCCAUGGUUUUGUGCAGAAGGUGUGACCCAUGUUAUCCAUGUUCUUGGACCAAAUAUGAACCCCAAGCGACCCGAUUGUCUCAAAGCCGAUUAUACUAAGGAAUGCAAGAUUCUUCGCGAAGCUUACUCAUCACUGUUUGAAGGCUUUGUUUCUAUAGUGAAGUCCUAUGGUAACGAAGAUCAAAAUGGCAAAAGAACAGCAGCUUUUAUGCCUGAGAAAAACAAGAAGAGUAAAGGUUCAAGCUCUCCACUAUCAAAAUCUGGUGUGAAUAAUCAAAAUCAGGCUGAGCAAGGCAGCACUACUAAGACUUGGAACCCAUGGGCCCAAGCUCUUCACAAGAUUGCUACGAGUCCUGGCAAUCAUAAGGACGUUGUGCUUGAGGUUUCAGAUCACGUGGUAGUGAUAAAGGAUUCUUAUCCAAAGGCACAACAACACCUCUUAGUUAUUGCACAAUGCCAUGGGCUUGACAGCCUUGCUGAUGUCCGUGGUGGAGAUAUUCCGUUAUUGAAAGAGAUGCAUGAUGUUGGCUUGAAAUGGGCUGAAAAGCUCAUUCUCGAAAAUAAGUCGCUGGAAUUCCGCCUUGGAUACCAUUCAAUCCCCUCAAUGCGGCAACUGCACCUACACGUGAUAAGCCAGGACUUCGACUCGACUCACCUGAAGAACAAGAAACAUUGGCUUUCAUUCAAUACUCCAUUCUUCCUAGAUUCAGUGAAUGUGAUUAAGCAACUUGAAGAAGCUGGAGAGCUCAGAUUGGGAAAUGAAAGCUUCUUGGAUGGGGUAUUGCGCUGCCAUCGUUGUCUAAGUGUGAACCCGAACAUGCCUAAGUUCAAGAACCAUCUUCGGUCUUGUAAAGAUCCCCUCACAUUACUAAUCCAAAAUGGCUAUCUUGUUUCCUCGGAAGUAAUAAAAAUGCUGACAAGAGUUAAAGAAGAUGAAGAUGAAGAUGAAGAUGAAGAUGAAGGUGAAGGUGUUAGCAUCCCCAACGAUGCUUGA